UGCAAAGAAGGACGACGUUUAUCAUGGCAAAAUUAGGUAAAACAUUAAUGAAAAUAUUGCAUAAUGAAUCGUGAAAUGAUAGAGAAUCAUUGCACGUUCAAUCUAUUCUGCUUGGUGUUCAACAGAAAAGCCAAACGGUUAAUUUAUGCACUGUAAAUAAUGUAUUUUUCGUUGGAAGAUCUGACUGUAGGGUUGUAAUGGUAUGUCAAGUGACAGUGACAGUGGAGAUGAUUGGGAGGAAAACGGUGAGGAUCACCAUGACAUUUUGUGCCUGUUUUGUACGGAAACCGUUAAUGGAUUUCCUUCCGCAAUGCACCACAUUGAGACCCUUCACAAGUUCGAUCUCUGCGAUUUUAUAAGAAAACACAUUCAUGACACUUAUUCGUAUAUCAAACUAAUCAAUUUUGUUCGUCGCAAGGAUAUUUUACCGGAACAACUUAGCAUGUUGGGCAUAGAGGUUUGGGACAAAGAUGAAUAUCUACGUCCCGUUGUGGAAGACGAUCCAUGGUUAAUGUAUGAUAUUGAGGAUCUCAUCAACAUUAAAGAUGUGGGUGAAGAAAAUGAGGAAAGACAAAUACAUGAAAGUAACAGCAGUGUGAUUUUGUCACAGAUGCAGUAUGAAGAUAUGAAAAGAACUAUUAGGUCACUCAAGUCUCAGUUGAAAGAAAGUGAAACGACUUGUUUUUUAGUGAAACAGCAAAUGGAAGAGAUGAAAGAGAAGGCUCAAAAAUUAAUACUGGGUGACGACUUGGAUGAAAAGGAAAAUGCUCUAAUUAACACUCAUAAUCCUAACGUUGACAAAGGAUACUUCAAUACAUACAGUCAUUUUGCUAUACAUCACGAAAUGUUGUCAGAUAAGGUACGAACGGAAAGUUACCGUGACGCAUUAUUAACAAAUUCUAACAAGUUUCACGAUUGUGUAAUGUUGGAUGUUGGUUGCGGGACCGGUAUUCUGUCUAUGUUUGCUGCAAAGUCUGGCUGCCGUAAAGUUAUUAGUGUCGAUCAGUCUGAUAUGAUAUAUCACGCCAUGGACAUUGUAAGGGAGAAUAACCUCAGCGAUGUAAUCACUUUGAAAAGAGGCCGUCUGGAGGACAUUAGUAUAGGAGUGGAGCAAGUGGAUGCAAUAAUAUCCGAGUGGAUGGGAUAUUUUCUCUUGUUUGAAGGAAUGCUGAACACAGUUAUUUAUGCUAGGGACCAUUUUCUGACACCUGGUGGAACAAUUCUUCCAAAUAGAUGCACAAUUAGUAUUGUGGGAAGUGGUGACACAAAGAGAUACAUCGAGCUGGUUGAUUAUUGGUCAAACGUAUAUGGUUUUAAAAUGAGUUGUAUGAAAGCGGAAGUGCUACGUGAACCUAGUAUAGAGAUUUGUAAUGUAGAUGAGCUGAUAACAAGUACCGCCGAGAUUCAAGCCUUCGAUUUGUAUAAAGUCACGACGGACUGUGUCAAUUUUUCGUCACCCUUCACAUUGAACGUGAAGAAAACGGGAUCGUUAACCGCGAUAAUCGGUUACUUUGACAUUUUCUUCGAUCUCGAGAAUCCAGUUCAUUUCAGCACAAGUCCCUAUUCUACUCCAACACAUUGGAAACAAACGGUAUUUUCUUUAAGCGAGCCCAUUAGUAUAACUGAAGGAGAGGUUAUUAACGGCACGUUGGUUUGCCGAAGACAUUGUAAGGACAUCAGAGGCUUAAUAGUCGUUAUUCAUAUCAAAAAUUUUUCUCAAACGUAUUUUCUGGAUUAAAUUCGAUGCUUGUUCCGAGAUACGCGAUAACGAUAGUCGCAUGUGCCAAAUUUUAGAAAUAGGAUCCAGCUGUUGCGUUACGAAGCUCUGAUUUUCGUUAAACGUUUCCCUGUAUAACAUAUCAUUCUUGAACUUUAUCUUCAAUACCAUUCCCAAUUGAAAAUUUAAAUAGAUUCUAUAGCGUCCGCUUAUUUAAACGGAGAAUCUAACUUACGCGUUUCGAAAAUCUAGAUUUUAAUUCAAUCCAGAUGUUAAUUUUUAUGCUGGAACCAUACGUAUAUUACUACAUUAAUAUAAAACACUUUUUCUCUCUUUCGCAAGCGAAAUAUAGGCUACGCCGCUUUUCUCUUAAAUAUUUGUGAUAAUUACGAAAUAAUCAUUAAUCUAGUAGCUAUUUACAUUUGUGCCUUUUAACGGUAGACUCGUAUAUAUUAAUCAGUUGCUGCGACAACAGCAUAACUGAAAAAUUGUUAUUUUUUCAGUUAUUUGCAAAGAAAUAAAACUAUUCAUUCAAUAUACAGAAUUUAACGAUAUUUUUCUUCUACUGUCAGUUACUACACUAGGAUCACAUUUAAAAAUGAUACCACAAAAUUUGUAAUGAUUCGAAAUGUUCAAGCUCAUUUUCUGUAUUUGUUUUCCAAGUUACGUCGUUGUUGUAGCAAUUGUUGUGUGAACGAUAUUGAAUCACUGCAUUAGUUAAUGAACAAAUAAAAAAUUAAAUCAAUGAACAAAUAAACAAAAUUUAAUAUAAUUAAACAAUCAUUUACUGGUGAUUGUUCAGCAACCAGUGCAGUGACUUAUACAUACAUUUCUCGAAACCAGUUAUACACUUAUAAAAUCAAUUUUAAGAAUUUUUGCAUGAACAAUUGAAUUUUAAUCUUAUAGUCGGUUACAUUACGUUGGCCGCACGAACGUAUAACGCCAGAGGAAGGUCGGAAGAGAGGAGAAUUUAAGAUAAGAGAUGAAUAAAAGGAAAUUCGUAAGAGCUUACGUAGAUAGACAACGACGCGUAGAUUCGCUCGGAGUUCAAUUUUUUAUAGAAUCGUUCUAAGAAGAAUACUUGGCGAAGACUUCUUCGAAGAAGUUUUCGUUGCUUUCGCUAGAAUUUUUCUCUAAACUAGAGUUCGUUAAUAUUUCGUUGACGGUGCGAUGCCGUCGACGGAUAUGACGCUUCGAUCGUCCGAUAUUAAUAUUACGCGAAUUUUCCUGCCACUCUUUGUGCGUGCAAGAACUACGCACCGAAUUAUCAUACAAUCUAGAGAUCGUUCUCGCCGCACCGAAUUGAAAUUUCAAUCAAACGACUAAUGCGAUUCUGUGAUACGACAAAAAAGUUAGCUAUAGUGUUCAUUGAGAGAGCGACAAACUGGUGAUAUAUCCCCCUGUAGUUAUCUGGAGUACACGAGGACAAAGUAUAUUACUGCGCUAUUGUAUUAAUACGUGCAACUUGCUGAAAUAGCUGCAUUUUGAUCCAAUUUCACCUGCAUGCAAUUGCCAAAUAAAAUUAUAACGUCAACGAUCUUUUGAAAUAUAUGAAAUAUAUGAAAAUUGAAAUAAAUCUUUAUUAGAGUCUUAA